GCGGCCGCACCCCGCCCCUUCGCGUCCCGCCGCGGCGAUGGCGUGAGGGCGGGGGAUCCGAGGUGGGGAGGCCGCCCGAGCUCCCGAGCUGCGAGCACGCGAGCUGCCUCCGCCGCCGCCCGCGCCGCGUCACGGCUCCCAGGCCCGCCCUCUCUUGACCCCUCCCCCCGCUCCGUUGCCCCCCUCCUCGCCCCCCUUCCUCCGACCGAGCGGUGACUUAAGCAACGGAGCGCGGUGGAGCUCAUUUUUCUCCUUGCUCUCAGCCGCGCCGGGGAGCUCGGGCGCGCGGCCCCUGCACUUUGGCCCGAGAUGAAUGCUGCGGCAGAAGCCGAGUUCAACAUCCUCCUGGCCACCGACUCCUACAAGGUUACUCACUACAAACAAUACCCACCCAACACAAGCAAAGUUUAUUCCUACUUCGAAUGCCGUGAAAAGAAGACAGAAAACUCCAAACUAAGGAAGGUGAAAUACGAGGAAACAGUAUUUUAUGGGUUGCAGUACAUUCUUAAUAAGUACUUAAAAGGUAAAGUAGUGACCAAAGAGAAAAUCCAGGAAGCCAAAGAGGUCUACAAAGAACAUUUCCAAGAUGAUGUCUUUAAUGAAAAGGGAUGGAACUACAUUCUUGAGAAAUAUGAUGGACAUCUUCCAAUAGAAAUAAAAGCUGUUCCUGAGGGCUCUGUCAUUCCCAGAGGAAAUGUUCUCUUCACAGUGGAAAAUACAGAUCCAGAGUGUUACUGGCUUACAAAUUGGAUUGAGACUAUUCUUGUUCAGACCUGGUAUCCAAUCACUGUGGCCACAAAUUCUAGAGAGCAGAAGAAAAUAUUGGCCAAAUAUUUGUUAGAAACUUCUGGUAACUUAGAUGGUCUGGAAUACAAGUUACAUGAUUUUGGCUACAGAGGAGUCUCUUCCCAAGAGACUGCUGGCAUAGGAGCAUCUGCUCAUUUGGUUAACUUCAAAGGAACAGAUACAGUAGCAGGAAUUGCUCUAAUUAAAAAAUAUUAUGGAACGAAAGAUGCUGUUCCAGGCUACUCUGUUCCAGCAGCAGAACACAGUACCAUAACAGCUUGGGGGAAAGACCAUGAAAAAGAUGCUUUUGAACAUAUAGUAACACAGUUUUCAUCAGUGCCUGUAUCUGUGGUCAGCGAUAGCUAUGACAUUUAUAAUGCCUGUGAGAAAAUAUGGGGUGAAGAUCUAAGACAUUUGAUAGUAUCAAGAAGUACAGAGGCACCACUAAUAAUCAGACCUGAUUCUGGAAACCCUCUUGACACAGUAUUAAAGGUUUUGGAUAUUUUGGGUAAGAAGUUUCCUGUUACUGAAAACUCAAAGGGCUACAAGUUGUUGCCACCUUAUCUUAGAAUCAUUCAAGGGGAUGGAGUAGAUAUUAAUACCUUACAAGAGAUUGUAGGAGGCAUGAAAGAGAAUAAGUGGAGUAUUGAAAAUGUUGCCUUUGGUUCUGGUGGAGCUUUGCUACAGAAGUUAACAAGAGAUCUCUUGAAUUGUUCCUUCAAGUGUAGUUAUGUUGUAACCAAUGGCCUUGGGAUUAAUGUCUUCAAGGACCCAGUUGCUGAUCCCAACAAAAGGUCCAAAAAGGGCCGAUUAUCUUUACAUAGGACGCCAGCAGGGAACUUUGUUACACUUGAGGAAGGAAAAGGUGACCUUGAAGAAUAUGGUCAUGAUCUUCUCCAUACUGUCUUCAAGAAUGGGAAAGUGACAAAAAGCUAUUCAUUUGAUGAAGUAAGAAAAAAUGCACAGCUGAAUAUCGAACUGGAAGCAGCACCUCAUUAGGUUUUGUUUUAUGACUGGGUGUUGCGUGCGCGUGUGUAUGUGUAUAUGUGCAUACACACACAUUACACCUGUGUGUGUAUGUAAUACAUAAUGUUUAUUGUACAGAUACGUGGGGUUUCUUUGUGUUUUAUGAUACAUUACAGCCAAAUUAUUUGUUGGUUUAUGGACAUACUGCCCUUUCAUUUUGUUAUUUUUUUCCAGUGUUUAGGUGAUCUCAAAUUAGGAAACACACUUAACCAUGUAAGAGAUAAAUGCUAAAGCAAGCUUUUUAGGGCCCUUUGCCAGUGGAUAGUAAUUAAAUCUGGUAUUGAUCUUUUCACAAAUAACAGAACUGAGUAACUUUUAUAUAUAACUGAUGAUCACAUAAAACAGAUUUGCAUAAAAUUAUCAUGAUUGCUUUAUGUUUAUAUUUAACUUGUAUUUUUGUACAAACAAGAUUGUGUAAGAUAUAUUUAAAGUUUCAGUGAUUUAACAGUCUUUCCAACUUUUCAUGAUUUUUAUGAGCACAGACUUUCAAGAAAAUACUUGAAAAUAAAUUACAUUGCCUUUUGUCCAUUAAUCAGCAAAUAAAACAUGGCCUUAACAAAGUUGUUUGUGUUAUUGUACAGUUUUGAAAAUUAUGUCAGGACAUAACCUAUAGAAUUACUAACCUCUCACUGCCCCUUGUAGAAUAUGUAUUAGUCAUUCUACAUUAAAGAAAAUAAUGGUUCUUACUGGAAUGUCUACGCACUGUACAGUUAUUAUGUACCUUGGUCAUUGAAUUGUACCAGUGAAAUGCCAAAUUUGAAAGGCCUGUACUGCAAUUUUAUAUGUCAGAUAUUGCCUGUGGCUCUAAUAUGCACCUCAAGAUUUUAAGGAGAUAAUGUUUUUAGAGAGAAUUUUGCUUCCACUAUAGAAUAUAUACAUAAAUGUAAAAUAUUGACAAAAGUGGAAGUAGUGUAUUUUAAAGUAAUUACACUUCUGAAUUUAUUUUUCAUAUUCUAUAGUUGGUAUGACUUGAAUUACUGGAGUGAGUAGUGAGUGUACUUAUUUUAAAUGUUUUGAUUCUGUUAUAUUUUUCAUUAAGUUUUUUAAAAAAUUAAAUUGGAUAUUAAAUUGUAUGGACAUCAUUUAUUAAUUUUAAACGGAAUCCCUUCAUAAAUAAUACCUAAGCAAGUCCUUAAAUGAAUAUAAAUUAUCCCAGUGAAGAACUACAGUAGAAGAAUCUUCAACUACAGUGAUUAACUGCUAGAUUCUGAAUCGGUCAUCACAUUUGACUAGAGACCAGUUUCUUUCAAAUGAUUUUUUUAUAUACAUAGGUCUGUUCUUCUAAGACAGGGGUUGACCAACCAUGGUAUGAAGGCCAAAUUUGGACUGCUGCUUGUUUUGCAAAUGUGUAUUGUCUAUGGCUGCUUUCCCAGUACAACAGCAGAAAUUGAGUUGUUGCAAUAGAGGACAAAUGGUCCACAAGCCCAAAGUGUGUAUUAUCUGGCCCUUUACACAAAAUUAGGAAAAAAGCUUUCUGACUCCUGUUCUAAGAAAAGGAGUGUGCCUUGCAUUGUAAGGGAAAUGUUGGUUUCCAAGGAAGGGCGAAGGCUAAGUAAUUAUGUCUUUUGUCCUUUCUUUUCUCACUUAAGAAUCUGAUAGUGGGAGACCAAUUUAGAAAAGUUUUAACAACGUGACAUUAGGUGUGAAAUUUUAAAAUUGAAAAGCCAUAAAUCAUCUGUCUUAAGUAGUUACAUGAGAAAAUGUUUUACCACUAGAAUAAUUGGGGGUGAGUUAUAUUUAUUAAAUGUCUUUUAUAAGUGGUAUUAGAAAGAAUAUAGGUUUUUCAGAUGAUUCUAUUAGUAUUUAGUGAGAACAAUAGCAUUCACUUUUAGUAUGAGUCUUCAUUCUGUAAUCCAUGAUAGAAAAUAAGAUGAUUUUUAAAAAUAUAUUUAAGUAAGGAUUAGUAAUAUUAAAAAGAACACACCUUUCUUCACAAAAUGUGCUAAGAGACUUAUAAAGAAUUAAAAUAAACUAUAUUUAUUACCAAUAACAACUGAUAACCACCCAUAAUUUUGUAUUAAACUGUUUAAACAUUGGAAUUACACUACAGACAGUAUUUUUUGUGUGUCAGCAGCUUCAGAAUAUCUAGAGGAGUUUUAUUUUGGAACUUUCAGUGAAUACUAAAAAGCAGUACAUUUGUUCACAACCAUAGAUUAGGAGGUAGAGUGAUUAAUUCUGUUAGCUCUUACCACUUGGAACCUAUUAAUUCUGAAUUUCUGGCACUAAGCAGUUAGUAUUUGGCCAUCCCUUAUUCAGAACACCAAAUAGUUAACAUGGAUGUCAAAUAAAACUCUAUUUUGUGUCACCCUUAAAUCAUCCUAAGUCUUCCAGACAAAAGCAAAUGGCAUUUAUGGGUGUAAGCCAUUAGAUUUGCAGUUGACAUUAAUGAAUCCCCCUUGAUUCUUAAUAUCAUCAAGUAUUAAUGUUUUAAACAGGAGGUAGGAGUUCUAUGUUAAGACUCUUAAUUUAUUUGUAUCCUAUACUUAAAAUGGUUUUUAUGAUUAUCACUUAUUUCCUUUUUUGAAAUAAAUUGUUAUGAAAAAAUUUUUAUAAUCCAACUUGGAAAAUUAGAAAGAGAAAAAUGGCAGGGUAUUUGGUUCUGUUUGCCAUAAUUUGGAACUCACACUUAAACAAAUAUUUUGUAGUUUUACAUUCCUUUUUAAUCCAUUCAGUGGAGAAUGUCAGCUUUUCUCCCAAGUUGUAUGUUAAAUCUAUUCUAAUAUGUACUCAACAUCAAGUAUAAACAUGUAAUAAACUUGGAAAUAAAGUUUAGCUCUAUUAGUGAAAUGUUAAA